CUAGGUAUUCCAGGGAAAGAGGAUCUUUUGCGACGCGGGCUCGCCCUUUACCCAAGCAAACUCUACAUACAAUACCUUGGGCCCGACAAAAGUACUUUAGUUACUCCACAUUUAGCCUUGCAGCCUCCUAAAGGCCUGGGUGUAGUAAGUGUCUUGCAAGGUCGAUACACUUACAAGCAUUAUCUUCAGGACGAAUUCCUUGAUCGUGGUUGGGGCUGUGCAUAUCGGUCGUUGCAGACCCUUAUUUCCUGGCUAAUGUGGCAGGAGAAAACUCCGCUUGAGUCUCCUGGCCCUCUUCCAACCCAUAUAGAGAUCCAACGAAGCCUAGUGCGAAUUGGUGACAAACCGGCAAGUUUUGCUGGCUCCAAACAAUGGAUCGGGUCCUUAGAGGUAAGCUUUUGUAUUCAAGAACUUUAUGGGAUCCAAUGUCGUCUGCUACCUAUAUCUCGUGGGUCCGAGAUGUCAUCUCAGGCGGGUUCCCUCAUUGCUGAGCAUUUUGCUUCCGGUGGUGGGCCUGUUAUGGUUGGGGGAGGUCAGCUGGCGCACACCAUUAUCGGCAUCCAGCUCAAGAACAUGGACUACGAUUCGAGGUGA